GCCGCAGGGCUGGAUCAGUUCGCCAAAGACGCGCUUCUCUGGGCGUUUCGCUCGCCGAACCGGACCGCUGAGAGUCCACAGGAGCGCAGCCCAGGGGUGUUGAGUCGCAUCGGGAGCUGGCUGUCGUGGGGUUGGGGCAGAGAUGAUCCCACGUCCCAAACACAGCAAGAGGAGGACCACGGAGAAACCAGAGCAGACGAGACGGAUCCCGCAGAGGCGAGCCCAACCCUCGACCGGAAUGCCAAACAUCUGAGACUCGAACGCAGUCGGUCGCUUGAGAGGAGAAGGCCACCUGAACUCUUUGAACAAAUGGGCCGGAGGAGAUCUGGCAGGAGGAGGCGGAGCUCUCACGGGGAUGGGGGCGGAGCUAAAUCCCCAACCAAUCCCCAACCUGUAAGCCCUGAAGCAACCAGUUUGACGAGCGGCCCGCGGAAAGCAUGCGCUGACUCAGCUUUCGAGGAGGCAGCACACAGCCUUCCAGGAGCCUCUGGAGCAGAAGCGCCAGACUCAGGUAACCGUGAGGAUGUCUUCCAAGCAGAAUGGGCCCAAGCGCACCUGAGCGAAGACGCGGAUUCGGAUUCGCUCGUCCAAGCGGCGCUGGUUUAUACAGAUAUGGACGAGGAACGAGUGGUGAGGCUGACGGAGAGCGCCGAAUCCAAACGCAGGAGCAUCAAAGUGUCUCACAGCGAGGUGGUCUUCGCCAAAAAGGUGGUGGUCGCCUCGGAGGAGCAAAAGGAAGAUCAAAAUGUGACUUUUAAAGACACCAAACAGCCAAGAUUUGAUGAAAGAGCCAGAUUUCCAGAGGACAGAGUGGACGGCACCAAUGUGAAAUCCAAGGGCCGAAUCGCAGACAAGAUCAGUCUGUUUGAGAGAGGAGCCACCAAUGCAGUUAGCAGCUCCACAAACCUACGUCACCUGGAUAUUUCUCCAGCUCGAAAUGUGGCCAGUCUUCUUUUCACAGAACGUGCCGGAACGCGGUCCAGUUCCGCACCUCCAAACCAAUCAGUUAAAGAGAGGGUGAUGAAUUUUAAUGCAGGACGGAGGGGAGAAGAGAAGCUGACGUUGCCGUCUGGUCGUACGCUGAACGAAGGACGUUCAAAAACGGCUGAAAUAUCUUGUUCCGGACGUUUUGAAAAAUCUACAGCAAAGAUAGAUACUAGCAGAGACCCAAAGGUUAAAUGCAAACCUCAUUUAAACAUCGAUCAAACAGACUCCAAAUCCUACAAUGCAACACAAAGCACACCUGUAUUGUCAGAGAGCACAAGUGACUCAAUCAUUGGGAAUAAAGAGCUGGAUUCUUUGCCAGUGGUUUCGUCACUUACUGAUGAGACACCGCAGGUGAAAUCUCCAAACCGGACCAGCUCGCGAUCUAAAAAGCGUCGAGGCAAAGAUCCGCUGAGCCCCACCAAACAAGAAAUGGGUCAGGGUAAACAGGAGGUCAAGGACAAACCUCUUGUAGACAUUGUAAAGACCACAGAGCAGUAUUCUGAUAAAGAAAGACCCAACUCUGCUUGGGAGGCCGUAAGCAAAACACCUAAAGUUCCUCCAAGGUUGGAGAAAGCAGCAGAAAUUAUGCAAAGCACAAAGGAAAAAUCUGACUCUCCACAUGCGGACACAAAAUUUCCUAAAGAAAUGAAAAGUAAGGAUGAGAAGCAGCAUGGUUCAAAUGAAGAGAAGACAGAACGGACAGAGAUUGACUCAAAAAUGGAAGAGAAACCGAGAAACAUCAACAAAAAGCAGCCUGUUCAUGAGCGCUCAGAAAGACAGGGGCAGGGGAACAGAGACGUGAUUGUAAACACAUUGUUUGGAGAGUCAGGGAAACCAGAUCCAUCUGUGACAAAAGAAGAGAAACCACCGUCCCCAGAGGACCUGAAUGAGGCCAACUCUAAAGACUGCUUUGAGCCAGCAAAUAACAGCGCUGCAGCCUCCAGGAAAGAUGCCAUGCGAAACAGAGGGAGUGAGACGGAUACGCUGGUCUUACCUGAGAAAAAAGCAGAAAACACCACUGAAAGUGACCCGAAAUUGGUACAAAGGCCAUCAGAGACAAACCAAAAGAGUCAAGAAAAAGACCGUUUGGCUGAGACUACCAAUCAGAAUGAGGAAAACAACCUUUUUACAGAAACAUCUGAGACACACAAACAUAGUACUGAAGUCAGUACAUCAAAGCCAACCAAGCAGAAUGUAGAAGAAGGAAUUACAACAAAGACGACUAAACACGGUAAAUCAAAGGACACCUCAGCUGUGAAACAAGAAGACACAACAAUUAUGCCAACCAGUGAGGGUAAAGAGACUCAGACUCCAGAGAUAAUCUCUGAAUUGUCUGAUCAGACUAAAGAAAACGCCACUACUACAAGUAGGACACCGGCAACACCAAACCCUGCACUGGUCAAAGACCAAAAUAACCAUAUGGACGCCAUAAUUUCACCUCAAAUUCCACCUAGAGAGGGAGGCGGUCCCAAAAGAGAUGGGCCACCCCUACAAAACCAAUCAGAGAGCGGAGAAGAACAGAAAACACUGGCAGUGUCUAAUAAAAGGGAUUUACAACAGCCCAGCACUGAUAUUAAAAAGGGAGGCACCAAAGAAACCCAGAGUAAAAUCACCAGCACAGAAAUUACAUCCAUAAUAAAUGGAGAUAUACACUCUGUACAGGCAGAAGAUCAGGUUUCUGAUUCUCUUAAACAGUCUGGAGAAAAUACACUUGGCUCUAGCCUUGAAAAUACCUUACCUGAAAUACCAUCCAAUAAUGACAAUCUACCUCUGAGUUCAGCAAAAAAGAAGCCCACUUCCUUGAUAUCCAAAGUCAUUGAAGCAUCCACCGAGCAAUCUGGCCAGGUCACCGCUAAACCAGCCUUAAAAGAUGAUACAGCUUUCAGUGAUAACAAGAACACAACCUUGUCAAACUCGGCUAAUAAAAAAACAAAUAAUGAAAAGACCACUCCUCCACCAGCCUCUACCAAUGUAAUAGACACUCCUGAAAAACCAACAACUAUCGAAAAAAACACAUCUCCACAAGCCUCAACCAAUGAGAAAACCUCCACUUUGCCUGCCUCAACUAAAGAAAAGACUACAGGUUUAUCAGCAUCAACCACUGAGACGAUAUCUGCUACAUCAGGCUCCAAUGAUGACAAAAACAAACCUCCACCAGCCUCAACUGAUGAGACAAUCUCAGUUUUGCCUGCCCCAACUAAUGAAAAGACCAUGCCUCCAAGAGCAUCAGCUAAUGAACAGACCACGCCUCCAACAGCAUCAGCCAAUGAAAAGACUACACCUCCAAUAGCAUCAGCCAUUGAAAAGACUACACCUCCAAUAGCAUCAGCCAUUAAAAAGACUACACCUCCAACAGCAUCAGCCAUUGAAAAGACUACACCUCCAAUAGCAUCAGACAUUGAAAAGACUACACCUCCAACAGCAUCAGCCAAUGAAAAGACUACACCUCCAACAGCUUCAGCCAAUGAAAAGACUACACCUCCAACAGCAUCAGCUAAUGAAAAGACCAUGCUUCCAACAGCAUCAGCUAUUGAAAAGACCACGCCUCCAAGAACAUCAGCCAAUGAAAAGACUACACCUCCAAUAGCAUCAGCCAUUGAAAAGACUACACCUCCAACAGCAUCAGCUAAUGAAAAGACCACGUCUCCAACAGCAUCAGCUAAUGAAAAGACUACACCUCCAACAGCAUCAGCCAUUGAAAAGACUACACCUCCAACAGCAUCAGCCAUUGAAAAAGCCACGCCUCUACCAGUACCAACCAUUGAGACAACCUACACAUUAUCAGGAUCAGCUAAUGAACAAACCACACCAUCUGCCUCAUUAACCGUUAGGUCUCCCUCCACUUCAUUAGGUAUAGAUGAUUACAAGAACAAACCUCCAUCAACAUCAACCAUUGAAACAAUCUCCACUUCAUUAGUCUCCAGUGAUGACAAGAACAAACCUCCACCAGCCUCAGCUAAUGAAAAGAACACAACUCAAUCAGAGUCAACUAACAGAAAGACAACUAAUAAAAAGACCAUAUCUCCACAAGCCUCAACCAAUGACACAACCUCCACUUUGCCUGCCUCACCUAAAGAAAAGACUACACCUCCACCAGCAUCAACCACUGAGACAAUCUCUGCUACAUUAAGCUCCAGUGAUGACAAAAACAAACCUCCACCAGCCUCAACUGAUGAAAAAACUACAUCUUCAUUAGACUCAACCAAUGAGAGAACCACACCUCCACCAGCCUCAACUAACGAGACAAUCUCCGCUUUGCCCGACCCAGCUAAUGAUAAGACUAUGCCUCCAACAGCCUUAACUAAUGAAAAGAACACAACUACAUCAGAUUCAGCUAAUAAAAGGACAACUAAUGAAGAGACCAUAUCUCCACAAGCCUCAACCAAUGAGACAACCUCCAAGAAAAAGACUGCACCCCCACCAGCAUCAUCCACUGAGACAAUCUCUGCUACAUUAGGCUCCAGUGAUGACAAAAACAAACCUCCACCAGCCUCAAUCAAUGAGACAAUCUCUGCUUUGCCUGACCCAGCUAAUGAUAAGACUAUGCCUCCAACAGCCUUAACUAAUGAAAAGAACACAACUACAUCAGAUUCAGCUAAUAAAAGGACAACUAAUGAAGAGACCAUAUCUCUACAAGCCUCAACCAAUGAGACAACCUCCAAGAAAAAGACUGCACCUCCACCAGCAUCAUCCACUGAGACAAUCUCUGCUACAUUAGGCUCCAAUGAUGACAAGAACAAACCUCCACCAGCCUCAACUGAUGAAAAAACUACAUCUUCAUUAGACUCAACCAAUGAGAGAACCACACCUCCACCAGCCUCAACUGAUGAAAAAACUACAUCUUCAUUAGACUCAACCAAUGAGAGAACCACACCUCCACCAGCCUCAACUAACGAGACAAUGUCCACUUUGCCUGGCCUAGCUAAUGAAAAGACCACGCUUCCAACAGCAUUAGCCAAUAAAAAAGCCAAACCUCUACCAGCACCAACUAUUGAGACAACCUCCACAUUAUCAGGCUCAGGUGAUGAAAAGACCACACCACCAGAAAAUGCUGCACCUCAACCAGCUUCAACCAAUCCACCAAUCUCCAUUGAUAUCACUACUAAAAAUGAGAGGACCACAGCACGACCAGCGUCAUCCUCUUUCCCGCUAACCUCUAUCAAUAGAGAUAAUAUAACUUCACUUCCUUCAUCCAAAGAAAAUACAAUAUCACCACCAGACUAUGACAGUAGGAAGGCCACACCUUCACCAGAAAACCCCUCAGGUCCUGAAGUCUCAGCUAAAGAGAAGAUCUCCAGUAAAUCUACGACUCCAUCCACAAGAAAAAAGGAAUUCAUCCUCAAACCCUUUCUCCUUCCAGAAAUCCCCGCUGUGCCAGGCAGCUCCUCCCAGAGCAGGGACUCUCCAUCUAGCUGGCUUGAUGUGGAUCACAGACGUCCUAUAAGGAAGAAGCUGUUGAUUUCAGAACCCAAGCUUAGCUCCUCUGUGAGUGAGACCAACCUCCUGAACACAUCGGGAGAGUUUGACCCAGAUGACUUCAUUGCAAAUGUGAAAAGGCUAGCGAUGCCAUUCAAUCUUCCUCUACGCAAACACAACAAACAUCGCCUGCAAGCACCUCCAUUUGCCAUGCCUGCCAUCAAAGAAGACCGCUUUGAGAAACCCUUUGAUCCGGAGGAGUUCCAGCAUGGCUUGAGGCGUAGGAGGAAAUUCAUUUUGGAUUUGCCUCCCAGUUCAAAAUCAAAAGCAGCAGAAGUCAAGGAGGUGGAGAUCAAACCUAAGCGAGAGAGCAUCCUCACGAGGUCCCUGAUCUUCCAGAGAGCAAGGAAGGAGUCUGAAACGGAAGAGGAAGAAAAAGAGGAGGGAUCAGAUGAAAAUACAACAGAACCACUGAAGGCAAAGUCUCGUUUGGAGAGGUGCUCUAUUGUCAGCAUUCUACGCAGCCCCAGCAAAGGGAGACGAAUGGAGUUUUUAAGCCCCACUGAGUGUCCUUCAGGUGGGCUGUUAUCACCCAGCGAUGGUUCUGGGUCUACAGCACCUCCACAAUCACAGCUAGCCCCAACUACAGAACCACCCAAAUUGGUCCCAGUAGAGGAAACCCUAGCUAAGAAUAACAGCCGCGAUACACCGUCUGGUUCUCAUGUUAUUCUAAAACCUAAAACGGACAUUGGGCCUGCCAUGACACCUGACCUCAAAGCAACUUCAAGAGACCCCACAGUCACUCUUUUAACAGACUCUAAUGCUCCUUUUCCUCCUAGUGGUACCCAAACUAGUUCCCAGGUUGUACCGAAACCUACGAAAGAUGAUGGACCUACCCUGGCGCCUGACUUGAAAGCAACUUCAGCAGACCCUUCAGUUUCCAUGUUUACAGACACUAAUGCUCCUAAUCCUCCCAAUGGUUCCCAGACCAGUUCCCAGGUUCUGUUGAAACAAACAAAAUAUGAUGGACCUACCCUGACACCUGACUUGAAAACAACUUCAUUUGACCCUCCAGUCACCAUGUUAACAGACACUAAUGCUCCUCCACCUAGUUGUACCAAAUCUGGUUCCCAGGAUCAUGGACCUGCUGUGGCACCUGACCUCAAAACAGCUCCGAGAGACCCCACAGUCACUAUGUUUACAGACACUAAUGCUCCUUCUCCUCCCGAUGGUUCCCAGACUAGUUCUCAAGUUGUGCUGAAACAUAUGAAAGAUAUUGGACCUACCCUGGCACCUGACUUGAAAACAACUUCAGCAGACCCUCCAAUCACCAUGUUAACAGAUACUAAUGCUCCUCCACCUAGUUGUACCCAGUCUGGUUCCCAGGAUGAUGGACUUGCCAUGACACCUGACCUUAAUGCUUCUACUCCUCCCAAUGGUUCCCAGACUAAUUCCCAGGUUGUACUGAAACCUACUACAGAUGAUGGACCUACAAUGACACCUGACUUGAAAAUAACUUCAUUAGACACUUCAAUCACCACGUUAACAGACACUAAUACACCUCUAACAUCUAGUUAUACCCAGUCCGGUUCCCAGGAUGUUCUAAAACAUAUCAAGGAUGAUGGACCUGCUAUGACACCUGAUCUCAAAACAGCUCAGAGAGACCCCACAGUCACUAUGUUUACAGACACUAAUGCAUCACUGCUUCUCAACGGUACCCAGACUGGUUCUGAUGUUGUUCUGCGACCUGAUGGACCGACCCUGAAAACAACUACAGUAGAUGCUAAUGCUCCUCCACCAUGUCCUUCCUUUGAUGACAUCAAGUUGCCUAGUUUCCUGGAGAAAUUUCUUCCAAAGGAACCUGAAAACGCUCAACCAUCAAAUAAGAUCAACCCACUGGUGGCUAGAGAAAGUGCCUCAAUACCUGCUCUAGUGGAUCUGAAUAAGGCUGUUGACGUAGCUGAUGGGAAGAUCCCAGAAGUUACGGUUCCACCAGCACCUGUAGUUCCAGCGGCUCAAAUCCCUCAAGCUAAACCUCAGAGAGAACUACCAAAUAUUACAGCUGCUCGUGGAAUCCACCGGCGUCCUGGAAAGAUUGUGAUAUUUGAGCACCAUCAGUUCAGCGGUCAGUCCUUUGAGUUCUACAGGGAUCAACCUGAUGCCACACACAUGCAACUGUCCAGUGUCAUAUCUAUUAAAGUGGUCAGAGGAUGCUGGAUAUUAUAUGAGAAACCGGGAUUUGAGGGACGAUGCAUCGCUCUGGAAGAGGAAGGAGUUACUGAACUGCCCAAUCAAUGGGCAGAAGAGGGUGAAGAAAUAUCUGCCCCUGUGGUCAUUGGCUCAAUUCGACUGGCUGUCAGAGACUACACUCCGCCCCGGAUAGAGCUGUUCACCGAGCCUGCUGGCAGAGGCAGAAGCUCUGAGUAUGUGGAUGACACAGAGGAAGUGGGCAGUUUUAGCCGUCCUCAGAGCACCGGCUCCAUCAAAGUCCACAGUGGUCUCUGGCUGGUUUACAGUGAUCCGGGUUUCCAGGGUCUGCUGGCGGUUCUGGAGGCCGGAGAGUAUCCGUUCCCGGAGGACUGGGGUUUCCCAUCGCCUGCGGUCGGCUCUCUGAGGCCUGUGCGAAUGGGCGCUCUGAAGGUCGAGAAGCCAAACGCCGUCAAGGCAGUGUUGUAUGAAAAGGCCGGUCUGGAGGGCCGAUGUGUGGAGGUUCAGGGAGACGUCUUCUCCUUCGCCAGGACAGAAACGGACCUGAGCGACCCGGACAAUCACGGACUGAACUGUGUGGAGUCACUCAAGAUCCUCGGAGGCCUGUGGGUGGGAUACGAUGGCGAGGGUUUUGAGGGGCAGCAGUUCGUUCUGGAGGAAGGAGAGUAUUUGGACUGGACAGACUGGGGCGGGACGGGGGAAAAACUCCUCUCUCUGCGGCCCGUUUUCAUGGAUUUCUCCUCCCCUCAUAUGAAGAUGUUUAGUGAGCCGGAUUUCUCAGAGCGCGGCGUCAGCAUCGACCUCCUGGAGCCGCUGGAUAACGCCAUGAACACACGCUACGGCCCGCAGACGCGCUCCAUUGAGGUCCUGGCCGGAGUGUGGGUGGCGUUCGAGGGCCCCGGGCUCUCGGGUCAGCAGUAUGUUCUGGAGAAGGGUCUGUACGGAAGCCCGGAGGACUGGGGCUCAUCCCACAGCCGGAUCUGCUCGGCCGUCCCUGUGAUUCUGGAAAAUCUGGAAAACUCCUGCUACUUCCAGAUUGAGCUGUUCUCUGAGUCUGGAUUCGGUGGAACAUCUGUCCUGCUGCAGGACUCGUUACCCACAAUCCCCGGCGGCUUCAGUGUGCUCUCCUGCAGGGUUCAUGCGGGCAGCUGGCUGGCGUUCAGCGGCGAGUGUUUCUCGGAUCGUCAGUGUGUUCUGGAGGAGGGUUUUUAUCCUGAUCUGAGGAUGAUGGGUUUCUCUGAGCCGGACGCAUCAGUGCUGUCGCUGCAGCCCACGGGACUCGAGCUCUCGGUGCCGGCGCUGCUGCUGUUUGAGCGCUCUGGACUCAGAGGACGGAGGACGCCGCUGAAGACGGCUUCGGUGAAUCUGCAGCUCACACACAGCUGCUCCAGAGUCUCAUCUGUGCUGGUGCUCGGCGGCAUGUGGGUUCUGUACGAGGAUCAUAACUUCAGAGGCUCUCAGUUGCUGCUGAAGCCCGGCGCUGUUCCUGAUUGGCCCAAACUCUCCUCCUGGCUGCGAAUCGGAUCGCUUCGGCCGCUCACACAGAAACAAGUGAAUUUCCGUCUGCGGAGCAAAGAGGCGGGGCUACUGAUGUCCGUCAGCGGCUCAUUGGACGACAUCAAAUUGAUGCGUAUCCAGGUGAGCGAGGAAACGGGCGGAGCUGAGCAGAUCUGGACCUAUCAGGACGGUCAAUUACAGUGCAAGUGUCUGCUGGAUGUGUGUGUGGACGUGAGUUCUGGUGUCCUGAUGUCCGGCAGCAGAGUCGUUCUCUCCGCUGAACCUGGAAAACCGCAGCAGCUCUGGAGCGUCACGAGCGACGGGAUCAUCCAGAGCCACGCCAGACCAGAGCUCGUGCUGGAGGUCAAAGGAGGUCAGCAGUUCGACAAACACCAGAUUAUCGUGAAUGAAUUCCACCCAGACAAGCUGAAUCAGCGCUGGUCUCUGGAGAUCCUCUGAGCUGCGCCACAGGACCCACUGCUCUGCUGCGGAGCUGCGCCAGGGGGACCAGCGUCCUGUGAGGCAGCUGCACCAGGGGGACCAUCAGCUGUGGAAAUCUCAUUCUCAUGAGAGCCAGUGUAUGGAAAAUGACCGUAAUCAGCUGGACGUUGUAUUAUUUUUAUACAUGAACUCUCAGAUCGACAGGAAGAGCACAUAAUUGAACAAUAAUAACUGUUUUAUUUUGUGUAAAGUGCAUAAACGUGCCUGUGUGGACACUGAUCUCAGCUGUAUUAAAACACAAGGCGUUUAGAAAAUGUGUUUAAAAAAA